GAUGUAAGUUUAAUUACUACACAUAAUACUUAGAAAAAGUAGAUUGAGAUAUUCUGCGGUUCUGCCAUUGCUGUCGGCAUAACAAAUUUCAACACGAACAUCAGAAGAUUAGGAAUGUUGAUGGAGAUCAUCUGGACUUGGCACUGAGAAGUGUGAGCUGCCAGUUUCCCAUCAUCCCAGUUAGUCACCAAAAGUCACAGCCAGAGAAUACUACACACCGUCUUAGAUCAUGCACCGCAUCCACGCAUGGAAUUAUGUGCAUCAAGUUUCCUAUUCAGUUCUUGUCCAUCUUUCAUUUCAACGUAAUACUUUUUGUCUGGUUGACAAAGCUUACAUGACAGAAGACUACAGAAAGGUUGCUCGCACAUCGAUGUUCAAGUUAAUCUAAAUCAAUGUUUUUGUCUGUGACGCAAGCAAAACCACCACACAUUAGCUUAGACAGAUAAAGCUGGAUCAAAGCUCUGUUCUAGAGCUAACCUAACAAAAAGAAAGGCAUACCGGUCGUGACUCGUGAGAAAACUAUAUGCAAUGCUGAGAGUCCUCCGACUGAUAAAUGGGCGAGUAGAGUAAGAAGUCCGGCGUUGCCCAACUAUAAAAACAUUCAUACGUGCACCUGCUUAUGCCCAUGCUCAUGACCAUGUCUGGCAUAAAGCAUCUCUCCUUUCUGCUAUUCAAGCUACUACUCUCUCUUGGCCUCAGCGUGGCACCACCCUUCGUCGCCGCCGAUGAGCACCAGUUCAGCUACUCCGGCUUUUCCAACACUAACCUCACCCUCGACGGUGCGGCCUCGGUCACACCCAACGGGUUGCUUAUGCUUACCAAUGGCACGUCCAGGAGCAUGGGGCGUGCCUUCUACCCUGAUCCGCUGCGCUUCCACAAUUUGUCCAAUGGGGCUGUACAGUCCUUCUGCGUCUCAUUCGUCUUCGCCAUGGUCUCCAUCUACAAGGACUUGAGCAGCAAUGGCAUCGCCAUGUUCAUUGCGCCGAGCAAGAAUUUGUCCACGGCGAUGCGGAUGCAGUACUUGGGCCUUCUCAGCAAUCAGAAUGAUGGCAAUCAGACAAACCACAUCUUCGCAAUCGAGCUAGACACCUUCCAGAACUGGGAGCUCCAAGACAUGAAUGACAACCAUGUUGGUAUUGACAUCAACAGUCUCCGCUCCAUACAAUCCCAUGAUGCCGGUUUCUACCAUGACAAGAAUGGCACCUUCCAGAGUUUGAGUCUCGAUAGCCAAGAGGUGAUGCAGGUCUGGGUGGACUACCAUGGAGAGAAGAUGCAGAUCGACGCCACCAUGGCUCCUCUCGGCAUGGCCAAACCUACAAGACCAAUAGUAUCAGCCAACUACAACCUCUCAAGCGUGCUCACAGAUGUGGCAUACAUCGGCUUCUCAUCUGCAGAAGGCAAGAUAACGAAGCACUAUGUGCUCGGUUGGAGUUUUGGCAUGAACAGUCCUGCUCCAGCUAUCAAUCUCACCAUGCUGCCAAAACUACCCCUUGGUCCUCGUAGCAAGGGUGGUCGACGUCGUCUCUGGGUAUUGGAGAUCAUUCUACCACUAGCAACGGCAGCACUCAUCCUGUCUGUGGCUGCCGUUGUUUCCCUACUUGUGCGGAGGCAUUUCAGGUAUGCAGAAGUACGUGACGACUGGGAGGUCGAAUACGGCCCACACCGCUUCUCGUACAAGGAUUUGUUCCGUGCAACAGAAGGAUUUGACAACAAAAACCUCCUAGGGACCGGAGGAUUUGGAAGAGUAUACAGAGGAGAGCUGUCAAGGUCCAAACUAAUGGUAGCUGUAAAGAGGGUGUCGCAUGACUCCAGGCAAGGCAUGAAGGAAUUCAUAGCAGAAAUUGUCAGCAUUGGCCGCCUUCAGAAUCCAAAUCUUGUGCACUUACUUGGCUAUUGCAGGCGUCAAGGUGAGCUCCUGUUAGUGUAUGAGUACAUGCCCAAAGGAAGCCUCGAUAAGUACUUGUAUGGUGAAGUGGACAACUCCACAUUAAGUUGGGACCAAAGGAUUUGGAUCAUCAGGGGCAUUGCAUCUGCAUUGAUUUAUCUCCACGAGGAGUGGGAGAAAGUGGUCGUCCACCGAGACAUCAAGGCAAGCAAUGUGCUCCUCGAUGAUGAGUUGAAUGCACGGUUGGGUGAUUUCGGUCUAGCAAGGUUGUAUGAUCAUGGUGUUGAGCAAGAAACUACUCGUGUCGUUGGCACCAUUGGAUACAUUGCUCCGGAGCUAGCACGCACGGGCAAGGGUACUCCUCUUACCGACGUAUUUGCCUUUGGUGUAUUUAUUCUGGAGGUCACUUGUGGACAAAGACCUAUCAUGCAGAGCACACAAGAUGAGCAGGUCAUGUUGGUUGAUUGGGCGCUUGAGCAUGUGCAACAAGGGUCACUAGAUGAUGCAAUAGAUAUAAGGCUUAAAGGGCAGUACAAUGCCAGCGAGGCACAUCUGGCACUGAAGCUAGGACUACUGUGCUCACACCCAUUUGCAUGUGCAAGGCCUAGCAUGCGGCAAGUGAUCCAAUACCUAGAUGGGCAUAUUGAACCACCACAGCUACCAGCACACCAGAGCUUCCAAGCACUAGCCUUGAUGCAAAAUGAAGGGUUCGAUUCAUACAUCAUGUCAUAUCCUUCAUCAAAGAGUGUUGGCACAAUGUCAAGCAUUUCAGGAGGAAGAUGAGCACUAUGUUUGAUGGUGCUCAGAGUGCUUACUUAUAUUGCACAUGUGAUGAGGCAUGUACGUACGUUCUUACCUUCGAUAGCUAGAUUUGUUGCUUCAUGAACAAGAUUGAUAGGUCUGGUAGAAUGAUAAGUGCCAUCUGAAUAAAGAGUUUAUAAUAGGAGGCUCACCUGAGCCGCAGAGCUAUAAAGUCUGUAAUAUAUAAAUGUCAUAGUUAUGUGGUUUCUUCAUAAAAUGUUUUGUGAUUGCUUAUUCUUCGUGAAUCUGAAUAUUUAUUUAUUUGUUUCUCGUGCACAUCUUGCAUUUGUUUGGGAUCCUCUAUUACCU